CAUUUUGCUUAAAACCAUUCCGUCAAAACCCUCGACUCUUUUCCACUCUUUAUUCAACCACACUUUUGUCGAGGAACUAUCGUAGCGUCAUGUCACUACGCUGUCUUCCCCGCUCGGCAUUGUCCGUCCUCUCGUGUCGGCCUGCAAGGGUCGUGUGCCAUGCUGCCAACGUCCGGAUAGUCUCAAGACCGCUUCUGUCCCUACCUAUACUUCCUCGUCCUCCCGCUGUUCUGACGAGUCGAUUUCAUUCCUCGCAAGCCGCUGCACUUCAUGACGUAAAUCGAGCAUCGGGAAGCGCUCCUUUGCGGACGACAAUAUACUUCAAAAUAGUAGAUAAAGUUGGAUCCCUCGAUACAGUGCUUUCCGAAUUGAGGAAGCUCAAUGUGUCCCUUUCACGCAUUGAAUCCCGUCCAUGCCGCACAAAAGGAUUUUAUGAUUUUUUCGUGGAUUUUGGAGCGCGGGAUGAAGCGCAAAUUGACAAUAUAUGCGAGCAGUUGAGGGAGGUUGUUCUUGAACUACAGGUUGUUAGUUCAGGCAGUACAGACUUGGUGGCGAUGCAGACUGUACCUUGGUUCCCGCGUAAAAAGUCGGACAUGGAUACAUUUGCAGACAAAGUUAUGGAAUAUGGAGAGGAACUGGACGCGGAUCAUCCUGGAUUCAAGGACCCUGCGUACCGCGAACGACGAGCACAAAUCACGGAGAUUGCAAAGACCUAUCGAUACGGAUCCCCGUUACCCCAUAUUGAGUAUACACCGCAAGAAAUCGAGACUUGGGGAAUCGUCUAUAAUCAGCUCACAUCCCUGUACAAAACUCACGCCUGCCGUGAACAUCGCUAUGUGCUCCCCCUCCUAGAACAUAACUGCGGCUACCACCCCAACAAUAUUCCUCAACUCGAAGAUGUUUCCCGCUUUCUAAAGGAAUCAACUGGGUGGACACUCAGACCCGUCAUGGGUUUGCUCUCCUCCCGUGAUUUCCUGAACGCGUUGGCCUUUAGAGUUUUCCAUUCAACGCAGUACAUUCGACAUCAUUCCAAACCACUUUACACGCCAGAACCGGAUGUGUGUCAUGAACUAUUGGGCCAUGUGCCUUUGUAUGCGGAUCCUGACUUUGCAGACUUUUCGCAGGAAAUCGGCUUGGCUUCUCUUGGUGCUUCUGAUGAGGACAUUGAGAAACUUGCCACGAUUUAUUGGUUUACAGUCGAGUUUGGUCUCUGCCGACAAGGAAAAGAAAUCAAAGCGUACGGGGCGGGGCUUUUAAGUAGUUUCGGCGAAUUGGAGUAUGCAUUAUCGUCCAAACCACAAAAAGUUCCAUUCGACCCUCACAAAGCUGCCAACACCACGUACCCAAUAACAGAAUACCAGCCCCUCUACUUUGUCGCAGAGAGUUUCAAGGACAUGAAGGAGCAAGUCAGAGAAUACGCACUCAAAUACAUGCGCCGGCCGUUCGUGGUACGUUAUAACGCGCUGACAGAGACGGUGGAGCUGUUGGAUACAAGAGAUAAAGUGGUGAGAUAUGCUAAUGGGAUCAGAGGCGAUUUGGGACGGUUGGUUGGAGCCAUCGAAAAGUUGGGUGCUUGAACAUGUGGAAAAGUUGGUAUUGCAUUGGGUUCGUUGUUUUUUUUUGGAUUUUGUGGGUUUAGACAACACACUUGGAAUGAACAAUUGAUUCAAUAUAAAGUCAAGAAAGAUAUAUAUUUCAGUUUUUAC